CUUCUUUCCCCUCAUUCUGCAGAGUGCAGCCAAACAGAGAGCAGCCUUGCUUCUGGUGCUAUCUCUUUGGAGCCAGGCGGAUGUUGGUAAGCACGUUAGACGCAGAAGCAAAAAAAUUCAUCAGGGAUCUGGGGAGUGAGAGAGUCUGAAGGACUGAAGUAAAGAGGAGUGGAGAGGCAGACUGUCUCCCUCCUUCCCCGUGCUUUUCUUCAGCAUCGCUUCACUUCGUCAUGGAUCUCUGGAGUAAAACAGUCCUGGGAAUUAACGCACAUGUCGCCCUUAUAUUAUUCAGCUUGUAUGGGGCAGUGAAAGCUGAGGUGUGUCACAGUCCGCUAGUAUCCAACCUGCCACCAUCAUCGUUCAGGAGCUCAUCACAGUUAUCCAGCAGCCAUGGACCCGGCUUUGCCAAGCUGAACCGGAGAGAAGGAGCUGGAGGUUGGUCUCCUCUGAGUUCAGACAGAUAUCAGUGGUUGGAAGUCGACCUGGGUGGGCGGACACGAAUCACUGCUGUUGCUACACAAGGCCGCUAUGGCAGUUCUGACUGGCAGACAGCCUACCUGCUGAUGUUCAGCGACACAGGGCACAACUGGAAACAGUAUCGACAGGAAGGCAGUAUAGGGGCAUUUGCAGGUAACAGUAAUGCAGACAGUGUGGUUCAGCAUAAGCUUCAGCACCAAGUGAUCGCUCGCUACGUCCGCCUGAUUCCUCUCAACUGGAACCCUAAUGGUCGGAUUGGACUCAGACUGGAAACCUAUGGAUGUCCUUACAAUUCUGACGUGUUGAGUUUCAAUGGCCAAAGCAGCCUCCUCUACAGGUUGACUCCCAGGCCGAGGCAGAUGUCCAGUGAGAGCAUCAGCCUGAAGUUUAAAACCCUGAAGAAUUCUGGGAUACUGCUUCACGCAGAGGGACAGAAUGGGCACAGCCUCACCUUGGAGUUAGAAAAAGGAAAACUUCAGUUGCUCAUCAGAAAAGGAAAAAGUUUUUCUCCUGACAUCCGGUAUCUUGUGACUCUGGGCAGCCUGCUAGACGACCAGCACUGGCAUCACGUUGCAGUGGAGCAUCACAGCAAUCACCUCAAGCUCACAGUGGACAAAAGCACAGAGUGGGUGCACAUCUCACCAACAUUUGCACAUUGGGACCAUGAUCAGAUGAUACUGGGAGCACAGCAGGGCUUCAGCUAUAGGUCAUUCUAUGGCUGUUUGGAAAACCCAGUUUACAAUGGCCUGAACCUGGUAGACCUCGCUAAACAAAAAGACCAGCGGGUUACAGUGAAGGGCAAUGUGACCUUUUCAUGUUCUGAACCCGUUUUUGUUGCCAUGACGUUCACCGGCCCCCAGAGUUUCCUUCGGUUACCAAGAAGGAUAGAUCAAUCUUCACUGGGUAUCUCAGUGGGGCUUCAGUUUCGGACAUGGAACAAGGCCGGGCUGCUCCUGACCUUUGAACUCCCAAAUCGAGAAGGCAGAGUCUGGCUUUACCUGAGCAAAGCCAGAACACAUUUACAGAUCCACAAGUCUGGCAGGGCACCCCUGGAGCUCAACGCAGGUUCAGCUCUGAAUGAUGGUCAGUGGCACUCUGUGGACUUGAUAUCAGCAGGAGGACGUCUGACCAUCACAGUGGAUGGUGAUGAAGGAGCCAGUGCUCACGCAAGCCCCUCAUUUUUAAUUACCACAGGAGGUCAUAUAUUCUUUGGCGGUUGUCCCACUGAAGAAAAUAGCCAGGAGUGUUUGAACCCCUUCAAAGCUUUCCAGGGCUGCAUGCGUCUACUGACUGUGGACAACCGGCCAUUGGACCUGAUCAAGGUGCAGCAGAGGCUGAUCGGAAACUACAGUCACCUGCAAAUCGAUAUGUGUGGCAUUAUUGACAGAUGUUCCCCCAGCCACUGUGAACAUGGAGGCAGCUGCAGUCAGUCAUGGAGCACCUUCCACUGUAACUGCUCUGGGACCGGGUACAGCGGAGCCACCUGUCACAGCUCAAUAUACGAGCAGUCCUGCGAGGCUUACAAACACAAAGGCAACAUUUCGGGGUAUUAUUACAUUGAUGUGGACAGCAGCGGACCCAUCAAGCCACAGCUGUUAUACUGCAACAUGACAGAGGAUAACACAUGGAUGGUGAUCCACCACAACAACACAGACCUAACGAGAGUCCAGCCGUCACCAGAAGUGAAUCAACAUGUAGUGCAUUUUGAAUAUGCAUCUGAUGAGGAGCAGCUAGCAGCAAUCAUAAGCCUAUCAGAGCACUGCGAACAGGAAAUUGCUUACCACUGCAGGAAGUCACGCCUACUCACCUCACCAGAGGGCUCUCCACUCAGCUGGUGGGUAGGAGGCCCAGGUGUGGGACAAAUGCACACUCACUGGGGCGGAGCUCCGCCAGGAAGCCAGCAAUGUGCCUGCAGUCUGCAGGAUAACUGUGUGGACUCCAGAUAUCACUGCAACUGUGAUGCUGACAGCAAUGAAUGGACUAAUGACUCAGGCCUGUUGACCCAUAAGGAGACACUCCCGGUUAGAUCUCUGGUGCUGGGUGAUAUCCAGAGACAUGGCUCCGAAAGCACCUACAAGGUGGGACCUCUCCGUUGUCAUGGAGACAAAAAUGUUUGGAAUGCUGCAUUUUUUGACAAGGAGACAUCAUACCUCCACUUUCCUACAUUACAUGGAGAGCUGAGUGCCGACAUCUCCUUCCUGUUUAAAACCACUUCAUCAUCUGGUGUCUUCCUGGAAAACCUGGGCAUCAAAGACUUCAUUCGGAUUGAACUCAACUCCUCCAAUGAGGUCCUCUUCUCCUUUGACGUGGGUAAUGGUCCAUUGGAGGUUUCGGUGAAAGCUGGAUCACCGCUGAAUGACAACAGGUGGCAUCGCAUUCAAGCCGAGCGAAACGUUAAAGAGGCGUCGCUUCGCCUCGACGAGCUUCCUGCUGUCACGCAGGAGGCGCCGGCUGAUGGGCACAUCCACCUGCAGCUGAACAGCCAGUUAUUUAUAGGAGGCACAGCUUCAAGGCAGAAGGGCUUUCGAGGUUGCAUCCGCUCUCUGCAGUUGAAUGGUGUCACUCUGGACCUGGAGGAGAGAGCAAAGAUCACCCCUGGGGUUCAGGCAGGAUGCCCAGGCCAUUGUAGCAGCUACGGCUCGCUGUGCCAGAAUCAGGGUCGCUGUGUGGAGAGACCCACCAGCUUCUCCUGCGACUGCAGCUCAUCCGCUUACACUGGACCUUUUUGCAACAAAGAGGUUUCAGCCAGCUUCAAGUCAGAAACAUCAGUCACCUAUGCCUUCAAGGAGCAGAUGGUGAACGAGCUGAACAGGAGCAGCAGCGCCAGCAGCUCCUUUCCCUCCUCCAUCUACUCUGACAUAACCCUAAAAGCAGAAAACGUGUCCCUGAGCUUCAGGACCAGCCAGAGUCCUGCUCUGCUCCUGUACGUCAGCUCCUACCACAGAGAGUACUUUGCUGUGCUGCUCAGCAAGCCAGAUAAGCUAGAGGUGAGGUACAGACUGGACAGCAGCAAAGAUGCAGAGAUACUGAGGAGCAAAGUGAAGAACCUGGCCGACCGACAGCUGCAUGUUGUUACCAUCAGUCGACUGGCAGACGUUGUCUCUGUGCAGAUUGACCAGAAUCCCAAAGAGGACUUCAACCUGACAUCUGGUGUAGAAUUCAAUGGCAUAAGGUCGCUGGUUCUUGGCAGAGUGCACGAUUCUGAGGGGUUGGAUCCGGACUUGGCUCAGAUUGCUUCUCUGGGUUUCACUGGCUGUCUAUCUGCUGUCCUCUUUAACUCCAUCAGCCCUCUGAAAGCUGCUCUGCUCCACCCAAAAACUAGUCCUGUUACCGUAACUGGUCCGCUGAUCCAGUCCAUUUGUGGCUUCACUUCAGCCAACCUCUCUCAUGCAACAGAAACCACACACCAUCUAUCAGGCCAGUCUGGAUCAGUGGGAACAGGUCAGCCUUUAGUGAAUGCCAUCAGGAGUGACUCAGCUCUCAUCGGAGGUGUGAUAGCCGUGGUGAUCUUUGUGACCGUGUCUGCAUUAGCCAUAAUGGCCCGAUUCCUCUACAGGAGGAAAUGCACAUGUCAGCGGCAGGAAGUAAAAACAGUGAAACCUGAAGACAAUCCAGAGUUGCCAUUCAGAAGCCGGAUCACUUCACAGAACGGUCCCACUGAGAACCAGAAGGAAUAUUUUAUUUAAGUGACGGUUCAACUUGCUUCUGACCUGGCAGUGUUGGAGCUGAGGGGACAGACAGAGAUAGAGAUGCCUUGUCAAGCCUCAGUGCUUUACACAACAAACUGAGCCUGACUACUGGCUCAACAAGACAGGAAGACACAGACAGAACCAGAAACUCAUGUUCUUUCAUUUUGUUUGCUUUGUUUUUGCUUCUAUGGUAGUGUUUUUAAACAGACUCUAAAAAUGGUCAUUUGUCAAUAUCAUCGGUGGAAAAACUGUACAUAGAAAAUGAUGUAAAUGUUACAAUUCUGACUUUAUAUCAACCACUCUUGUGAUUAUAGAAAGAACAGGACAAGAACAGGAAUGAUGUUGAUAAUGAAUGUCUGCUGUUUUGUCAGUGAGCUCAGUUCAUCUAUUUUAAUGUUAUAUUUCAUGGUGGGAAAGAAAAUCUGUUCACAAUGAACAUGUUUGUGUUCUCUUUUCUUUAACAUUAUCUGUUAUUCAUGCUUCUUUCAUUGUUACACAAAGCAAAGCAUGGCUUGUAUUUAUUUUCUGAAAUCUGUUUUUCGUCUUUCAUCUCUAUCACAUCUUUUUAUAUCACGCAUGAUAAGCACCAGUAAUGGAUACACCACACUUCAUUACUUCCCGCCUCCGGUUCUGAGUAGUAAAGUUACUAUGAAGGCAUUCCACUUUUUGUCCCAAUAUCAUUUUUUUCCUUUUAUCUGAAAGUCAAGUAUGAACAUGUUUUUUUAUGUAUCAACUGGUGCAGACCAAAGGACUAUAUGAAAAAUGGCUCAAAAUAUAAUAUUUAUGUUACACAAGUACCUCCAACCCACCCUCUGGCCAAAUAAAACCCCCAAAAUUGCGCCUAUAAGUUUCACCUUCAUUGAAAACAACUUGUUUAGGUUUAUCAAGUUUUGGGUUAACAACACAAGAAAUACAUUGCUGUCUUAUGUAAAAUAUUUUGUCAUCCCAUCACUCCACCCAAACUCCUCUCUGCGGAAGGUUAGUGAGAUUAGAAUAACCUCAUCUAAAUUCUUCCGUUCCUCUCAUUGUGUUCAUUGCUCUUAGCUGGGAAUGGUGUGAAAAUUAAAUGUAGUGAAACGCUUGCAUACACAGUAUAUGGUCAUGUUUUUGCUGAGAUCAUUGUAAGUUGUCUUUUUCUAUGGUGUAUUUUAAGCAAAGACUGGAUUUCAGUUUUAUUGUAUUUUCUCUUUUACUUUUCUCUUUUACCGAUUCAGCAGCAUCUUCGUGUGCAAGUUAAAAUUUUUCACUAAAAAAGUGAGUAAAUGACCCCUACGAUAAACCCGACCUUUGAACUGAGGAGAAGUCGUGGAAGUGUGUUCAGUGAUGGCACCAAAUGCUUGCAGGGCAUGCUGGGAAAAACGACAUAGCUUUAUCACUCCACUACAUGCAGAAACAUGCAGACAGGUCUGGAGGAUGUGGAUGUAAUGAGGAACAGAAGACCAAAUAAUAAUGUUGAUUAAAUGCAAAACCACAGACUAAAGAGGACACUGAAUCAGUUUAUAUAGUGUGAACUCUUUAGUGAAUGUCGUGUUGAGUUGUUUUGAAGAGUACUUUUCAAGGUGGUGUUGAUAGGUUUGGUUCUCUUCUAGUAGUGCUUCACUUCUGAACUAUAGCAGCACAAUCCUUUUUAAUCGUACUGAAGGUUUACUGUGGUGUUAGUGAGUUAGAGUGACCUGCUGUUAGAGUUUAAUUUGUACAGCUAUUUUAGUAACAAACACAGUUUUUUGUUCGGUGAAUUGAAAAUAAAUGAUCU